AUGAUCUACAGCGACAAAGUAGACGACGACAGACAACAAACCUAUGAAAACCGCAUCAUUUAUUCCCUGCCAUGCAGGCUGGCGCUUUGGAACGAAGACUUGGCGCUCCAAGAGGACAAGAACACCAUCACAGCCUACAAGCGGGACCAUUGCCAGAUGUUGAUCCAGAAAACGAAGAAAAUGAUGCGCAACAUCCUCAAGCCCACAUCGCUGGCCAUUGAAACCGCCUUUAUGAUCUACGGGCAGAACUACCAGAUAAAAACGGCUGAUUUGGGCAAAGAUUUGAAAUUCACUGACUCGUCCAAAGGGUUGUUUCUAUCGGGGUUGAUUACCGAAAAGGAAAUCGACACCUGCCAGCACUUCAAGCACGGAUGCAUGCUGACCGCCAGUCCGUUAAAAGGGGCGUUCAUUAGAAACACUUUUACCAUUGUUGGAUGCAGUGGGAGCAAGGAAGGUGAACAUGUGGUUUAUGGUGAGGACAUAAUGAUUCAAAUUUCGGAAAGCGCCGGGCCUCCACUGUAUGUCCAAUGCGAAAACUUGACCAUGGACACUUUUGGGAACCAUCUAGCUUUGCGGUUGUCCCGACUUCCGGACUUCUACUGCAGAUUCAAGGUGUUACAUUGGGAUCCUCAUUUACGGGUGGAAACCACUGGAACUUCCUUCACACCAGAUGUCCGAGUUAUCAUCCAGCAUACAGCGUCCGGUCAAAAUCUGGCUGUGGAAACAUUGGCUUGGAUACCGACGUUUUUGGGGCCCGAAUGCAAUGUGAGCUGCCACACCUAUCGCGAUAACCACAAAAUGGAAACCGCUGAGAACUUCUGGAUUUUUGUGGGCGAGCCCAAAGUUCAGACCAAUUUGUUCGUGCGAGCUGCUAAAGGAGAAAAUAUUCCCAGCGACAUAUUUGACUAA